UGUUCAUAAUUUACGGCCCAGAUUUAGAGAUCACAGAGAAUGAUAUUAACUCCAUUUUUAUCGGCCUGUUCGCCUUCGCCUUCUCCUCCGUCUGGGCGGGCGCUCUUUGAAGCUUUCUCAGUCCCCUAAGAAAGACUACAAGUUUUAAAAAGCCAGUUGAGCUGCACAAAAGGAAAAGAGAAAGAAAUGCCUCUGUAUGAUUGUAUGCUUCUGGUGAAACCCCAUGUAAGGAAGGAGGCUCUGAUGGACUUGGUUGCUAGAGUAAGCAAACAUGUUUACAGAAGAAAUGGAGUUCUUACUGACAUGAAGUCAUUUGGCACUGUUCAGUUGGGCUAUGGUAUUAAGAAGCUUGAUGGCAGAUAUUAUCAGGGUCAACUAAUGCAAAUGACGAUGAUGGCUACACCUAACAUCAACAAGGAGCUGCAUUACUUGAACAAGGAAGAUAGAUUGCUGCGCUGGCUUUUGGUUAAACACCGAGACACGAAGUAUGGACUGGAAUUUCAUAGUGAAGAGGAUGCAAAUAGUGAAGUCAAUAGGCUUCAUCGGAACAGCAUAUAUGAUGAUGAUGAGGAUGAGGACGUGGAUGAGGAUGAGGAUGAUGACGAUGAUGAAUAUGAUGUGGACCAAGGAGGAAAUCCAACUGAAGGGUAAUGUAAUUCUGUCAGGGAUGGUUCGUUGGCAUUUUGUUGAAAUUCCGGAUUUAUGUUUGUCAUAAGGUUUGGUAGCAGUAAGUUCUAUGAACUAUGUUGGGUGAGAAUUGGCUUAUCAAUGUAUUAAAUGUUGUGAGCUUUUAGUUUUGAUAUGGUUGGUGCA